AUGGAUUUCAACCUGCUGAGCGAGGCGGAGGCGCGCAGCCCGGCCCUGUCCCUCUCCGACGCCGGCACCCCCCACCCUGAACACGGCUGCAAAGGGCCGGAGCACAGCGACACGGAGAAGUCGCAGCACAACCCGGCGGAGGAGGUGGCCCCCGAGGACGGGGCCCUGAAGAAGAAACAGCGGCGACAGCGGACACACUUCACCAGCCAGCAGCUGCAGGAGCUGGAGGCCACCUUCCAGCGCAACCGCUAUCCGGACAUGAGCACCCGCGAGGAGAUCGCCGUCUGGACCAACCUCACCGAGGCCCGCGUCCGGGUGUGGUUCAAGAACCGGAGAGCCAAGUGGCGGAAGCGGGAGCGGAGCCAGCAGGCCGAGCUGUGCAAGGGCGGCUUCGGGGCGCAGUUCAGCGGGCUGGUGCCGCCCUACGAGGAGAUGUACCCCGGCUACUCCUACGGCAACUGGGCGCCCAAGGGUCUGGCCGCCGGGCCCCUGGCGCCCAAGAGCUUCCCCUUCUUCAACUCGGUCAACGUCAGCCCGCUGGCCUCGCAGCCCAUGUUCUCGCCCCCCAGCUCCAUCGCCUCCGUGCCCAUGCCCGCCUCCAUGGUGCCCGCCGCGCCCGCCGCGCCCGGCCCGGCCUCGCUGCAGAACCUGGGCGGCUUGCAGAACCUGGGCGGCGGGCCCGGGCUGGCUCCGGCCGUGCCCUCGGGGGCGGGGUCGUGCCCCUACGCCUCGGCCGCCGCCGCCGCCGCCGCCGCCGCUGCCGCCGCCGCCGCCGCCCCCUACGUCUACCGGGACCCCUGUAACUCCAGCCUGGCCAGCCUCAGGCUCAAAGCCAAGCAGCACGCGUCCUUCAGCUACCCGGCCGUGCCCAACGCCGCCAGCGCCGCCGGCGCCAACCUCAGCCCCUGCCAGUACGCCGUGGAGCGGCCCGUAUGAGGGCCCGAGGCAGGACUGGCCCGCGCCCCGCCCGGGGGGCGACGAGGCCCAACCGAGA